UACAUCUUUAAAAACAGAGACUGUGUCGAAAGCAGUGUUAGUACAGUUUAGUGAAACAAGGGAGGACAUCUUUUCUGCAACCAACAGGGAUAAGCCAUGAGUCAAUGCCCGUUUUUUGAGAAAAAGCAUUUGUUAUUCAAAAACAAACCUCCAAUUGAGGGAGAUGACGAUGCCUCGCAAGCAGGUGUAAACAAGGCCAGUAAGGGAGGAAUCAUCUAUGGAGACUACCUACAGCUGGAAAAAAUAACCUCAGCUCAGGUUUUACAAAGUGAACUGAAAGGCAACAAGAUCCACGAUGAGCAUCUUUUCAUUGUCACCCAUCAAGCCUAUGAACUGUGGUUCAAACAGAUUCUAUUUGAGCUUGAUUCAGUGCGGCAGAUCUUCAUCAGUGGGCAUGUCAGAGAUGAACGCAACAUGCUUAAAGUCAACACUCGAAUCCACAGGAUUGUAAUGAUCUUCAGACUGUUGGUCGACCAGUUUGCCGUUCUGGAAACAAUGACAGCCCUGGAUUUUUUUGACUUCAGGGAGUACCUGUCUCCUGCCUCUGGGUUCCAAAGUCUUCAAUUCCGGCUUUUGGAGAACAAAAUCGGGGUGCCGGACAACCUGAGGGUUCCCUACAACAGACGUCAUUACAGGGACAAUUUUAAGGGGCAUGACAGUGAGAUGCUGGUGGAGACAGAACAAGAGCCAACGCUUCUGAAGCUCGUUGAGGAGUGGCUGGAGAGAACACCUGGCUUGGAAGUGGAUGGAUUCAAUUUCUGGGAAAGACUAAAAAUCAAUAUAUUCGAUGGACUGAAUCUGGAGGAGAAGAAAGUCGAGAAAAUGCCAGAGUCUGAGGAGAAAGAGGAGCUGAUGGCUGAGCUCGUCAAACAGAGAGAGCUCUUCACGUCCCUGUUUGAUGAAAAACGUCAUUACCACCUGGUCAGCAAAGGGGAAAGACGGCUAUCUUACAAGGCUUUACAAGGUGCUCUGAUGAUCUACUUCUACAGGGAAGAGCCGAGGUUCCAGGUCCCCUUCCAGCUGCUCACAUCCCUCAUGGACAUCGACACCCUCAUGACAAAAUGGAGAUACAACCAUGUGUGCAUGGUACACCGAAUGAUUGGCAGCAAAGCUGGAACAGGGGGCUCAUCAGGCUACCAGUACUUAAGAUCCACUGUCAGUGACCGCUACAAAGUGUUUGUGGAUCUGUUUAACCUGGCUACAUUCCUGGUGCCUCGUCACUGGGUGCCCAAACUCAACCCCAACGUUCACACCUUCCUGUACAUGGCCGAAUGCUGCGACAGCUCCUACUGCAGCAGCGAGGACUCAGACUAAAAGUGCAUCUCUGCCGUCUGUUCUGGCCUCCCUUCAUGGUGGCAGAUGUCAGCCAUGGGGUUAUUUGCCAAGUGUGUAGGUGUACUGUAGUUCAGCCCCUCUGUCGGGCCAAUAUAUAAAUGAGUCAGAGCACCAUUUUGACAUCAGAUUUAUUCAACUUCACUCAAGCCAAGUAAGGACAGUAGUAAAAUUCAUGCGAAAAGAAUAAAAAUGAUCAUCAGUGUUUUAUACCAGGUGUUAGGUUGGCUUAGUAGAUUUGUGAACGAAAUUCAAAAUUAGGUUUUUAUAUACUAAAGUUCAGCAAGAGGUAGAAAUUAACCAGAAAAAAAAAA